GACCGUGCGCGACGGUCGGUCUAUAGAACCUCGCGGUGCCAUACGGAAAGCCUCGAAUAUUUUCACCCGUCCUCUGUUGUCUCCAGUCACAUUGUUGAUAAUUGCUUGUUUUGUUCAGCGCUGUUGAUAGAAAAUCCUUCGUGUCAUCAGCGUAUGUGUAUUUGAGCGCAUAGACGUGAAACCGAGCGCGCGCGCGUGUUUAUUUGCGUGUGUGGCUGAGAGUGCGUGUGACUGUGUGACUGGUUGCUUGUAGUUGUGUGCGAGCGGGGGUGGGAAAAGGAAAACGCGCGCGCGACAAGUCGCGACUAGACAUAGACAUGAGGCAGAGAAAGAGAAAUACGUAGCCGUAGCUCGGAUGCCGUGGCGUGUGAGGCUCAGAGAGUUUAAUCAUUUUUCUUUGUUUGCUUGGGAUCGAGCUGCGUGCAUCCGACCGCGAGCUGGACUGCUUUGGAGUUCUGUGCGCAUUGUGCAGUGUGGUGCAAUAUUUUCAACUACUAUUUACGUUGGCAAUCGUUACUUAUACUUCAGCGAUUGAAUACCCGCGCGGUUAUUUAUGCGAGUGCGGAACUAAACAGGGCCAUCACGCGUGGUUAUUUGCUCAUAUUCUAAGAGACAUACAAGUAAGGAAACAACGAAUAUGUCGGCGUAUGCGCAAUUCGGAUACUAUCCGACGGCUUCGCAGCUUCUGGUGAGCGGAGGUCAACCAACGACGGCAACCUCACCAGCAAUGUCGUCGGGUGGGGCCCUAAGCCCGGGAGCCCUCUCGCCCUCUUCUACGACGACCACAACGACGACGGCUGGGGGAGGAGGCGGCACAACCAGUGGCGGAACGAGCACGCCCGUGGGCGGGGCUGGUCCCGGGGCUGUAACGGGCCCCGGCUGCUGUGAGAACGGACGCCCGAUGAUGACGGACCCCGUAACUGGGCAGACUGUCUGCUCCUGCCAAUACGACAGCGCAGCGAGGCUGGCCCUCGGCGCUUACCCGCGACUCGCGCCUGCCACCAGCUCGUAUUCAUCCUACCCGACGCCGGCACCCUCGAGCGCCGAUCAGGGUCCAUAUCCAAGCAUUGGUAUGGACAGCUCAGCUUUCUAUUCCCCACUGGGAAAUCCCUACGGUCUAAAAGACGCUACAGGAAUGGGAAUGACGGCAGAUAUGGGAGCAGCUUGGGGCACGGCAGCUCUCCAACCUGCGACCACUGGUUACUAUCCCUACGAUCCGACCCUCGCAGCCUAUGGUUAUGGUGCAGGUUAUGAUCUUGCCGCAAGGCGAAAAAAUGCAACAAGAGAGUCGACGGCGACCCUUAAGGCGUGGCUAAACGAACACAAAAAGAAUCCUUAUCCAACUAAGGGUGAGAAAAUCAUGCUAGCAAUCAUCACAAAAAUGACACUUACGCAAGUGUCUACGUGGUUUGCAAAUGCUAGGCGACGACUUAAAAAGGAGAAUAAAAUGACAUGGGAGCCGAAGAAUAAAACAGAUGACGAUGAUGACGCGGUGCUCACAGAUUCUGAGGAUAAUAAAGAUAAAGAUGAUCAAGUCAGCGAUAAUAGAGUCGAGAGAGUAGGUGAUGAUGUCAGGCGAGGACUUGACGAUAAUGAACCUUUGCGUCAUGUAAAAGCAGAACACAUGCAACAUGAUAAAGACCUCGAUGACGAGGAUGAUUUAGAUCUUGAAGAUGACCCUCGUCGAGCAGCUGAGCACUCAUAUCAUCAUACAAUGCAUCACCACCAUCACCAUCAAGGCUAUGGCUCUGAAGAUCAUAUGAAGGACGAAGGAAUAAAAUCUGAUUGCAGUGCUGCUGGAGCAAAACCAAAAAUUUGGUCUUUAGCUGAUACCGCUGCAUGUAAAACACCACCACCCUCUUCGCACCCACACCAUCAGCAAUAUCACCUUCAUCAUCAGCACCAGCAACAGCAUUAUACUCAACAACAUCAACACCAUCCACAACAACAACAACAUCAACAUCAUCAGUUAUCGAGCCAAUCACAUCAUCACUCACAACAACCUUGGAUUGGAGGUGGUGUAACAUCCGAUACGAGUAGUAGCAUAAACAACUUUGCACUACCCUCAUCUGCUUCUAUGAGUCCAUCAUCGGCAGCGACAGCGCCAUAUUCAAGUACUGCUACUCGGUAUGGUGGUUUCCUUUCAUCGUCAUCUGGUGGCCAACUUCACUAUAAUCCUAACUCUUCAUCCGGUUCAAGUGUAUCCAGUGCUUCUUCAUCCGCAGCGGCGGGGUUUCCCGAAGUUGGUACCGAUACUCCACCACAGACGCCACCCAAUAUGAAAGUAGCCACACCGAAUGGCGUGAUCCAGGGCCCUCCAGCAGGGUAUUGCCCUGGUGGCAACAGCAAUACCCCCAAUAAUGCGGGUACGAAUUCUGGACAUUAUACAGUAACGGCAACAGGAGCAAAUCAUACAUCCGUCGGUGCGGCAACUAGUGUUUACAUGCAAACGCAAAAUAAUGGAAGUGUAGCAAAUACUGGUAAUACAAAUUUUAGUUCAAGAUUGCAAAAUUCACCGCAUAAGGAUUUUUCCUCAGUGUCUUCGCAAAACUCCAUUUUACAUCAACAUCAAACCACUGCCAGUUUACCUCCAACGGAAGCAACUACGGCAUUCAAGCCUUUUUAUAAAGGAUCUCAGACUAUGGGUAGUGGAUUCGUGUCACCAGUUUAAGAGAGACUCGUGAAUUAUAAAAUUUCUCCAUCGAUUU